AUGCGACAAAUUCAGCAAGCUGUAUAUAUUUUCUUGUAUUUACAUUUUUUCAUCUGCAAUGUGUUUACAUUUAACAUUGAUGUUUCAUCGAAAGAAAAUAUCAACACAAAUGAUUUAAUGUGGAUUAAUGAAUGGAAAUGCAAUUCUAAUAAUGAUUGCACAGCAAAAAACAGUGUGUGUAGUAACCAAUUAUGCCAGUGUGCGCCUGAAUAUAUUUUUAAUACCGAUAUGACAGCUUGCGUUAAAGUUGCAACGAGAUUAUAUGAUACAUGCGAGGAAACAGUGCAGUGUUCGGCUUAUCUUCUAAGUGGUGCUAAAUGUAUAGAAAAUGUCUGUGUAUGUGGUCCUGGGUACUAUUAUCUACACGGUAGAUGUAACCAAUACAUCGGUUUAUUCGAAAAAUGUAAGCAAAACGUUGACUGCUAUGUGAAUGCCGAUUUCGAAGCAAGUAUUUGCGAUGAAGGAAUUUGCAAAUGUAGUCGUGGUUUUUAUCAGCGCGAAUAUCGCACUUGUCGAAGAGAGGGAAAAGCCGUCGGCGAUGAAUGCACAAUUGAUAUUGAUUGUUCUUUCGACAACGCAACGUGUAAUAAUUUCAUAUGUGCUAUAAAAUAUGCCAAUAAAGCUGUUGAACUUUCGUCUGACAUUAUAUUAACGAAAAAAUUUUUGGAUAAUGGAACACGGAUAGGCAGUACUUGUACGACUGACGAGGACUGCAAAGUAGUGAAAAAUGCCAUAUGCGAUCCUGCUGGAACAUGCCGUUGCGACCGUGCACAUUUCGCAUCUACCACAGACACCAAAUGUAUCCCAGAACUUGGGGAACUCUGUCAAAAUGACAACGUCAGCUACAUCCAGAAAUCCAUUUGUCGUGAAGGGAGAUGGAGUUGUUCGAAAGGCACGGUUGCAUCUAAAAAUAAUCGCGAAUGUCUUGAUACGACCAGAGAAUAUAUGGGAAAUUGUCACCUGGACGAACAAUGUUAUAUCUUUGGUCCAGAUGCUGUAUGCAAUAAUAAUAAAUGUGUAUGCAAUGAAAAUGUUUCUCAUUAUGUGGAGAGUGAACUGUUUUGUUGGGGAAAUACGGGGAUCGGCCAAACUUGUAAACAAGAUCGAGACUGUUACGUGAAAGAUUUUAAAAGCAAUUUAACGUGUAACGUUACAUGCGGCUGUCCUGAUGGUACACGCUUGAGCAAAGACAAAAUGAGUUGUAUAGGAUCAACAGAUCUUGGAGGAGUUUGCGAAAUAAACAGUGAUUGUGCAGUGCCCUUUUCCAUUUGUCAAAAAGGAAUAUGCACGUGUGCUAAGAAUCAUUAUGAAUCAUAUAAGCAAUGUUUAGCAGGUAUCAAUGCUGAUUGCACUGAUGACGAGGAUUGUGCACCGGUGAAUUCCAUAUGUAUUUCAAAGAAUUGUUUAUGUAAAGCAAAUUAUGUGUCUGUAUCUAUUGAUUCAUGCAUGCCAGUAUCAUUAUUUGGCAAGCCGUGUUUACUGGACAUUCAAUGUUCCGUCAUUACACCAGGCGCGAUUUGUGCGACUAAUGAACAGAGCAAUGAUACUGCAGACAUAAUGGAAUUAAUAAAGAUAGCAGAAAAUAAAGUUUGUAACUGUAGCAAAGAAGACUAUUACAGAUUCGGAAACUGUUUUAAAAAGAAAUUCCUCGGUGAAACUUGCACGAAUUUAGGAGAAUGUUAUGAAAACUGGAAUCAAAAUAGAGUAGUUUGCAGAAACGGGAAAUGCGCGUGCAUUUGGGGCUACAUGACAUCGAAUGGUGUUUGUGUAAAACAUCCGCAAAGUUCACAAUUUUUUUUGAAUGGUGCAACUAAUGUCGUAUCCAGGGGACUCUUUUUAAUCACAUCUUUUAUACUCUCUAGUAAAUUAUUUUAG